CCCUUUUCAGGGCUUCGAGGUUUCAAUUGCAACGCCGGGUAUUUAAUGCCGCACCACUUUGGGUAAUUGUUGCCCAUGAACCAAACAUCAUUCCACCAGCAGGGAUCCAGAUUUCCAGGCCCUGAAACUCUCAGUGAUAAUCAACCAGAAAACAUAUAAUAGCAAAGUUAUCCCUCGCUUGAUGGGCAACAUGACGGUCAACCUUACCACAACCUCCAUUUCUCUCGAGCCUUAUCCGAUCCUGUAACUUUCAGGUCUCGAGUUGUCAAGCAAAGAUGCAGCUUCUAUCCGUAAUCUUUGUGCCUGUUUUUCUGUUUGCCACUCAGGCUGCCGCCGCAACAUGGUAUUUCCUACGCUACAACACCCCCUCGGGAGCCAAGUUCACUACCUUCAGUGGACAAAUGGUCGUCCCAACUCUACCCAAAGCAGCAGUAUACUACCUUUGGCCAGGCCUCCAACCGACCGACAACAGCGGAGUUUAUCAGAAUGUGCUUGACGGGCGAAGCGGCACUUGGUGGUUUGGAUCUGGAUGGUGCUGUUCAAACCCUUCAUUGCCGUGGGGAGGCGGGUUCAACACUUAUGCGGGAGAGACGAACAGCUUCUCGAACGUGUUGAACAGUGAUGGGAGCGGAUGGACUACGACGGCGACAAGGGGUACCAACGGCUCGCCCGUGACCAAUACGUUUCCUCUUGCGGGCAAAUCUUUCAACCAAGCUAUUUUUGCCAUUGAACUUUACGAUGUGCCGUGGAACUUCGGGCCCUUGACAUUCAAGGACGUCAAAAUUGUUGCGACUGGAAGCACGAACACGGCGUGGUGCACAGGAAAGCCAGAAAACUAUAACUCGGCCACAAAGUACACCAUUUCCGGAGCGAGGGCAUCAGUGAGCGGCACGACCGUCACAUGCACCAUUGACUCGGUGGUUUUGCAAGGCCCUGCAUAACACUAGAGAUAACGGAUAAACCUCGUUCUCAUGUGGUUAUUCUGCGAGUUCACGAACUUGUCCAGUAUCCACUCAGGUGGUCUGAUAGCAGGAAGUGGGAACAUGGACAUCGUGGUUU